UUACGCCCAAAGAAGAGGAAAUGGACAGUGAUGCGGCGGCCACGAGUGAUGAGGCGGACAGUGGACAGGAGGUAGAAAUAGCCACCGAUGGUGAGCAGGAUGAACCUAGCAAAGAGGACAAACCUGGCCGGUUUGUAAGACCACUGGAAAAGAAAAAGAAACCUGGCAUCGUACACAUCUCCCUUAUUCCCAAGCACAUGAACGUGACGAUACUGCGCGAGAUGCUCGAACCGUACGGCAAAAUUGGCCGCAUCUAUCUGGAAGCGUCAAACAAAGGUGGCAAGGUACGCAAGACAACCGCAAGGGGCAAGCGAGCGAUGCUACGAUACACCGCCGGAUGGGUCGAGUUCGAACGGAAACGGGUGGCAAAGGCGAUCGUUGCGCAGCUCAAUGCAAAACCCAUUUCCACGAGCCGAAAGUCCGUUUUCUGCGAUGUCCUGUGGUGCAUGAAGUAUAUGCCACGCUUUAAGUGGAUUCACCUGAGCGAGCUGAAAGCGUACGAAAAGGCCGUCAGCCGGCAGAAGCUGCGUACCGAAAUUGCUCAGGCACGCAAGGAAUCAUCCUACUUCCAAAACAAUCUGGAUCGAAGCGAGGCGGCUCGGAAGCGGGCUUCGAAAGUAGGCAAAUCAGGCGGCAACGGUGCGGUUUAAAAUAAAUCGUUAAAGUACUCGAAAAGGCCAAAAGAAGAUUAAACGAUUUACUUUUGGUUAGCAACAUAUUUACUAUUGUUAAUAGAGCUAAGAUUGGAAUAUAAGUUCGAUGUGUGCUGAACAAAGAUUCUAAUUUCUUAGAAAACUAAUCGUUCUAAUUGGACGGUAGAAAUGUU